AUGUCUGGAAGCGCAGGCUACGACAGACACAUCACCAUCUUCUCCGACCAAGGUCGCCUCUACCAAGUCGAAUAUGCAUUCAAGGCAAUCACGGCAGCGAACAUCACAUCGUUGGGAGUGAGGGGCAAGGACUGCGCAGUAGUUAUCUCGCAGAAGAAGGUUCCUGACAAGCUUAUUGAGCCCUCCUCCGUCUCUCACAUCUUCAAGCUAUCGCCGUCUGUUGGCUGUGUCAUGACAGGUUCCAUCGCCGAUGCGAGAGCUUCCGUGAGCAGAGCGCGCGGCGAAGCUGCCGAGUUCCGCUACAAGUACGGUUACGAGAUGCCCUGCGAUGUCUUAGCCAAGAGGAUAGCCAACAUCAGCCAGGUCUACACACAGCGGGCUUACAUGCGACCGCUUGGUGUUGCCACAACGCUCAUCUCGUUAGACUCAGAGUUCGGCCCUCAACUAUACAAGUGCGACCCAGCAGGAUACUACGUCGGGUACAAGGCGACCGCAUCGGGGCCCAAGACACAAGAGGCGCUCAACUUCCUCGAGAAGAAGCUGAAGAACAAGGAGCAUGCAGAGGGCAACUGGGAGGAGGUCGUCGAGCUAGCAAUCACUGCGCUGAGCACGGUCCUGUCUGUCGAUUUCAAGAAGGGGGAGUUGGAAGUCGGCAUCGUCGGUGGACCCAGACUCGAUGGCCAAGAGGGCACCGAUGCCGCAUUCAGGGCGCUCACCGAAGAAGAGAUUGACGAGCGACUGCAAUCAAUUGCCGACAAGGAUUGA